GCUUUGUUUCCUUUGCAAAAAAUUAUAUGAAUAUCCAGACUAACGAAGAAGAACUGCGUAAUGCUGUGCUAGUCGUUUUCGCAAACAAGCAGGAUAUUCCUGGUUGUAUGAAAGUGACUGAGGUUGCUCAAGAGUUGGGGCUAGCAUCCAUAAAAAAUAGACGUUAUCAAAUAUUUAAAACUUCAGCCCUCAAAGGAGAAGGCCUCAAUGAAGCCAUGAAUUGGUAG